GGUCGAUUCCGCAAUUUUUUUAAAUGUUUCGGAACUUAUCUUCUUAAGUGUACACAUAUAAAGGGGUUUAGUUUUGCUUCUCCAGUAAGUAUUUAGCACUCUUCACUAUGAAUAAGUUUCUAACACAUUAAAUAAGUAUUAUCACGAGUUGGUCGACUUCGUUUUUAAACAGUCGGUAGAUUCCUGAGAAUUCUAGUCAGUAGUGCGACCAUUGACUCUUUGGUUCUUCGGGUCGCUGGUGUGUGGAUUAUGUAGAUCACCACUUAGUGCUUCACAGAACACUGGUUCGCUACUUUGCAUUACUAAGAACUACUCUUGGACUUGGGCGUAAUCCAUGUGAUAAUAUAACUGCUAUAAAUAUGCCUUGCAUUUCUGUAUGAACGUUUUGUAAUGACAACUUCAUACACAUGAGUGAUGGCUUUUUAUAACUGCCUCAUCGAGUUAAAAUGAUUAGCCGAAAUUCGAAAACUUCUCAACAAUGUUGGAACGACGGGUUGUUUUUUUAGUGAUUAUUUCAAUAGAUAAUCCGAGAUUGAUUCUAAGAAUUAUUUCGGGUAUGUCGCAUAGCGACACAUUUUAAUCAUGGCUGAGCUGGAAUGUAUAAACUGCAAUUCACUGCGUACUGAUGUCUUUUUUUCGAUAUAUUUGCUCACUGUUCAUCACUCAAGCCCGACAUUUGGAUUCAGGAAAGUAUAGUUAAUCCAUAAGAACUUGAAACUUUAGGUAGAAAAGUGUGAGUUGUUUUUUGCAAGAUACAGUUCUUUUAUACUGCCGUCAAUUGCCAACAGACAUCUCGGAUGUUACCUGACAUCUUCCGAACGACACAUACAUGAAAUACAUCAUACACUAACCACCCACCAAUAACAUAUAUGUCAGAUGGUCCCUGUUCUCACAAAGCCGUUUUUGAUCCACAGAUUCCCUUAGCGUUUACAAGGCUCAUGUCAUAGUGUGAUGGUCACUAAUGUCAGCAAGUAUCAUUAUUUAAUGUUUGAAUUAAACGAAGCUAGAUAAAUCCAACAUCGCUAUUCUAUCCAUUAAUACAUAUGUAUAUAUAAGUAGAAUGUUGCUUACAGUUACAUGAUAUAGCAAGAUACUUAGUAGAUUCACUAGCAGCUUAAUGUAGCAUCUUGUUUAUAGUCAUUAAGGUUUUAUGACCUCACUGAAACUCGCCACUCAUCACUACUCUUUGACGAACAGUUUUCGAUGAGACUAUAGUUUAUGGACAUUCGAGCGAGGCUAGCCCAAGCUCCCAAGUUUGGGAAAAUUUUAGAGUUUCAUUAAUAAAUAUAAGUCGGUUUCUCGAAAGUGUAAUAAAAUCCUGGGGAAAUUUUGAAGUUUUGGUGUCAUUUCCCCAGGAUUUUCCAUAGAGGCUUCUCCAAAAUUUCCCCAAAAUGGGUCAAAUUUUUCCCAAAACUGGAAGCUCCAGUAAAGUGACUUUGAGAAUGUCCAUUUACCUACUACGGCUAAAUAAGGGCCAUAAACCUGCGUGAAGAAUAAGGAUUAUAAGUUACAGUUGAUGGUUACAGUUAGUUAAAUUUAGGGUUUUCAUCGCGAACUGACGUCAGCUAAAAUGCCAAAACUCUAUUUAGCUAAAUGGGUGAAUGAAUUUCGCUCCAAAAUUCAAGGCCUGUUAUCCUAAAUAUGAUUGGUUCGCUUAUAAAUCAGUCUCGUCUUUUAAUCUCAAUAAAUUGUGGACUUCUUGAGGAAUCAUUGCGUUUGCUGAUCUUAAUUCGUACGUGAAUUUCAGUCAGGACUACCGUCAACUCUACUGUGCUUGCAACCAGUCGACCACAUGGAUUUUUAAGAAAGUGAAUAAUGAAGAAAUGGCUACAGCUUUAAAGUCAAAUGAAGAUUCCUCAGCUAUUAAUUCAGAUGACGAUUCCCUAAAGUGUAUAGCUGGACAACAGAACGUUACACCGUGUAGCUUUAUUAAGAGUCAGCCGAAAGCUGAUGUUUCGGUUGAUUUUUCGAAUUCAAACCUAACUGGUAAAAAAAAUUUAAAAGGAUCCAGUAAUACUCCACAAGUAUUUCUGAGUACUUCACUUCCAUGUCUUUUUGAAAAUACUUUGAACUUGAACUCGAUUUCUAAAUCUCUUCCUGUUUUAUACCAAAUCAAUAAUCAUACUGUACAUUCAGAAAAUGAAUUGUCGGUUCAUUUUAAUGAUAAAAAUGAGAGUAUAUUUAUUCAACCUGACAACUCACCAAAAAAUAUUCAAUUAACUAGAUCUAAUUCAAAUGAAUCCUUAAAUCAUUUAAAUACAAUGGAAUUAAUAAGUAAUUUAAACACUUCUAUAAAUAAUAAUAAUAAAUCUAAUUGUCUACCUAUAAUUGAACCGAAUAAAUUACUUAAUAACAUGCCAAACACAUCAAAUGUUGAUUCAUUAUUAAUUACAGAAUUAGAAAAUUCUAUAUAUCAUAUUAAAUGGAUUAAAUUUAAUAAUCAAACACGUCCAAUUAUAACACAAAAUAAUAAUGGUCCAUGCCCAAUGAUUGCUAUAGCAAAUGUACUUUUAUUACGUGGAACAAUUAAUUUAUCAAAUGAUAGUGAAUUAAUCAGUGGUAAUCGUUUAUUGUCUAUUCUUAGUGAAUUACUUUUAUCGAAAGCUCCUGAUGAUCUUGAUUACGACCAACAAAUUAAUUAUGAAUCAAAUUUCCGUGAUGUACUCUGCUUAUUUCCCAGUUUACAAACUGGGCUUGAUAUAAAUAUCAGGUUUACUGGUGUUGCAGAUUUUGAAUACACUCCAACAUUAAGCUUAUUUGAUUUGUUCAACAUACACAUCUAUCAUGGUUGGCUUGUGGAUCCUGAUGAACAUGAUUUAGCUGCAACUGUUGGUAAUCGAACUUAUAAUCAAUUAACUGAAGAAUUACUUCGAUUAGAAUCAUCUGAUAAUUAUGAGGAUUUAAAAAGAAGUAUACUUGUUGAAUGGUUUCUGAAUGAAAGUGGUUCACAAUUAACGUUUCAUGGUCUAAGCCAGCUAGUUACAACUUUACACGAUGAAGAAUUGGCUGUGUUUUUUCGAAAUAAUCACUUUAACACCAUAUUAAAACAUAAGGAUUCAAUAUUUGUAUUAGUCACAGAUAUGGGUCUUCUCAAUGAACCAAAUAUUGUUUGGGAGUUAUUAAAUGAUCUAGAUGGUGAUACACAAUUUGUUGAUUGUUCAUUUCAAUUAUUUUGUCCAACAACAUCUGAUUCAUCAAUUCGAAAGACAUCUGAUGCUGUUCGUGUUAUUACAAUUAAAUCGGAUAAAUUGGAUUCAAAAUCUAGCACCGAUUGUAAAAGUACUAGUAAUAGUAAUAACAGUAAAGAUAAUUUUGUUGAAAAACAAUACUAUCCUGAUUCCAUACCUGUGUAUAAUCUCACUGAGAGUAAUUCGACUUCAUUAGAUUAUGAUUUAUGCAAAAUUCUUCAAGAAGAAGAAAUCAGAGCUUCGAAUCAAGAUCCAGAAACAUUUUGGAAAUUAUACAAAUAAAAUAUAUACCUCAGUAAGUAGGAAAAUACUAACUUAAAAUAAUUACCAAUCAAUUGUGAAUAGUUUAUUUUAUUAUAUUGCAUGAACGGCAAUGUAAUUUAGGACGUUCGUGUUGUUUUUGGGAAAAAUUACUUUUUGAUUAAUUUAUAUACUUUCAUUACAGUUUAGCUUCUUUUAAAUUCCUCAUUACUCUAAGACAUGAUUUAAAUGAACUUGUUUAGCUUUUUGCCUACUUUAUUUCACCUUGUAUUCUUUUGUUAAAUAAAAAAUAUCUUAUG